CUAGAAUGGCAAGUAUGGGGGUCUCGCUUAAUCUUGGCAGGGAUGCAGAUGGGUACAAAAAUGGCUAGUGUCGAAAAUGUGAAUCUUAAGAACUUAGAUCAACCAGGAGUAGGGUACCAUAUAACUGCUACCAAGGUCAACAUUGGAGUUAAAGAAAAGAAGAGGGGAGUAAUAAACAAGUGGGAUUAAAUCAUUGUGUUGCCCUGUGUUGAACAAACAAGAUAGAUUUUAAAGCAUAAAGAGAGGAAGAGAACAGAAAAAAUGUCUAAUCUACAAUUUUUGUGAUGUUAUCUGAUUUGAGUGCCAUGACUUUCAUUUUUAUCUAACUGACCAUUGUAAAUGUUUUCUGAUAUACCCGUAUAAAAAGUCCACAAACAAUAUGACAUUACAUGCAGUAAGGCAACUUCAAGAGAUCUGGGGUGCCUCUGGAAAUUUCUGGCAAUCAGGAUGGGAAAAAAUAUUAGAUAUUGCAGGAGAAGAUCCUUACACAUACUGGGUUUACGGUACGUUGCUCCAGACUUUUGUAGUGUAUUGGCUGAUUGGGGCGGUGUACACCGUCCUGGACUUGAUUGACAAACCAGCCAUGCUGCGGAGAUACAAAAUACAACCAGGAAUGAAUGAACCUGUUAACAGAGAACGACUCAUCAAGGUAAUUAUUCAAGUGUUGUUCAAUCAAACAGUGGUUGGUUUGCCUGUUACAUUGCUCAGUUAUAAGAUUAUGGAAUGGAGAGGAAUACAUCCAUUGAGGGAACUGCCCACAUUCCAUAUGGCCAUUGUAGAAAUCACUUUUUGCGUAAUUAUAGAGGAAAUAUUUUUUUACUAUUCUCACAGGCUGCUGCAUAGCAAAUUUCUUUAUAAAUACAUACAUAAGAAACAUCAUGAGUGGACAGCACCUGUUGCAGUGACUGCUAUUUAUGCUCAUCCGAUUGAGCACAUAUUUUCAAACCUUGUACCUCCUUUCAUCGGUGUCCUCUUACUUGGUUCUCAUAUAUUUGUUGCAUAUAUUUGGUUUUCUCUUGCUAUCAUCAACACUCUUAAUUCCCACUCUGGGUACCACUGGCCAUUUUUUCCAUCCCCAGAAAGCCAUGAUUUCCAUCACCUAAAAUUUAACCAAUGCUACGGAGUUCUUGGGAUUCUUGACUGGCUACAUGGAACGGACCUCACAUUUAGGGCAUCACCUCAUUACAAGCGCCAUCAGACAUUCUUGACAUUAAGGCCCCCUAGGGAAAUAUUUCCAGAUGAUCCUCUCUAUAGAAAAGAGGAAUAGCAUAUACACACAUAUAUAAUAUAACAUAUAAAUAAGAAACUUCAAAGUUAUAAGAUUUUUAUAUUUGUAUUUGAACUGAUAGCCCAUGAGGAAUGGUCAUUGCACCAAACAUUAUGUGAUUAAAAAUUGUGAUGUACUGUUAUGUAUGCGGUUUGAAGGGUAUAAACUGAAUCCCAUGCAAAAUUAGAUGUAACACAUAUUUAGCUACACUUUAUAAGACAAAAUUUAUAUAUAUUUAUAUAAAUAUAAAAUUAAAUUAUAAAUAAUUACUGUAAGCACAA